AUGACUUUCAUUUCAUACCCACGAUUUUUUGCAUUUCACCCCCCUGAAUAUGUCAACUGUUGGUUUCUAACUCCUGCGACCACCACCACUGAGGAACCUACCACUACCGAGGAACCGACUACUACCACUGAAGAGUCUACCACUACCGAAGAACCUACUACUACUGAGGAACCGACCACUACCACUGAGGAACCUACUACCACUGAGGAGCCAACUACUACUGAGGAACCGACUACUACCACCACCGAGGAACCAACUACUACCACCGAAGAACCUACUACUACUGAGGGACCGACCACUACUACCGAAGAACCUACUACUACUGAGGAACCGACCACUACCACUGAGGAACCUACUACCACUGAGGAGCCAACUACUACUGAGGAACCAACUACUACUGAAGAAUCUACUACCACUGAGGAGCCAACUACUACUACCACUGAGGAACCAACUACCACCACCGAAGAACCUACUACUACUGAGGAACCGACCACUACCACCGAAGAACCUACUACUACUGAGGAACCGACCACUACCACUGAGGAACCUACUACCACUGAGGAGCCAACUACCACUGAGGAACCAACUACUACUGAAGAAUCUACUACCACUGAGGAGCCAACUACUACUACCACUGAGGAACCAACUACCACCACCGAAGAACCUACUACUACUGAGGAACCGACCACUACCACCGAAGAACCUACUACUACUGAGGAACCGACCACUACCACUGAGGAACCUACUACCACUGAGGAGCCAACUACCACUGAGGAACCUACCACUACCGAGGAGCCAACUACCACUGAGGAACCUACUACUACUGAAGAACCUACUACCACUGAGGAGCCAACUACCACUGAGGAGCCGACUACCACUGAGGAGCCGACUACUACUACCACCGAGGAACCAACUACCACUGAGGAACCUACUACUACUGAAGAACCUACUACCACUGAGGAGCCAACUACCACUGAGGAGCCGACUACUACUACCACUAAGGAACCUACUACUACUGAAGAACCUACUACCACCGAGGGGCCAACUACCACUGAGGAGCCAACUACCACUGAGGAGCCGACUACUACUACCACCGAGGAACCAACCACCACUGAGGAACCUACUACUACUGAAGAACCUACUACCACCGAGGGGCCAACUACCACUGAGGAGCCAACUACCACUGAGGAGCCGACUACUACUACCACCGAGGAACCAACCACCACUGAGGAACCUACUACUACUGAAGAACCUACUACCACUGAGGAGCCAACUACCACUGAGGAGCCGACUACUACUACCACCGAGGAACCAACUACCACUGAGGAACCUACUACCACCGAGGGGCCAACUACCACUGAGGAGCCGACUACUACUAAGGAGCCGACAACUACUGUAGAACCUACUAGCACUGAGGAGCCAACUACUACCACCGCCGAGGAACCUACCACCACGACAUCUGAGUGUACAACCUAUACACUUAGCAGAGUCUCUAACGGUCCUUGUGAAACAAUCACCCAAUGUGGCCCACUUCGGCAAUGGCAAACGAAGCCCUGGACAACAAGUCUGACCUACUCUUGGAAGCGUUGGAACCAGGGCUAA